AUGUCUUCAGAGGCCGUCAACACCGAUACUAGCCAGAUCAAAGAAUGGCGAUCAAUCGUUACCUUGAUCGUGUUUGUGAUCACGAACCUCAUWGUUUUGUUCCCAUUUCACGUUCCUAUAUACAUUCCAAGGCUCAUCUGGAACGCAUCAUGGGAUGCAAUGAGUGCUAUACGGAUAGUCGGCCGACGUAUAGAAAACCAGCAAAAUCAAACUGACAGUACCGAGGAGAUCAGCAAGCCCAGCAAUUUCAAGGUGUUCAGAUUUCCAAUGGACUUUUCGACAGCACCUAUCAUCGCUGAUCUGUUUCUGUUGGCCAUCUUGGCAAUUGGCAGAAAGGAAGUUCACGACGGGACAGUGGGUGCGGAUGGCAUCUCUCCAAUUGACAUCAUGGUCUUCUUCCUCACUUUGGCUUAUAUUGCGAUAUCCAUCGACGCCUCAGGCUUGAUUCGAUGGCUGGCCUUCAAGGUCCUACAGAAAGCAGGCAAAGCGGGACAUCUGCUCUACUUCUACUUGUAUGCCUUCUUCUUCGCUUUGGCGACGUUUGCGGGCAACGACCCGAUCAUUCUCAGUGGGACCGCGUUCUUGGCAUAUAUGACACGGGUCUCGAGCAACAUCGACCACCCGCGAGCAUGGAUAUAUGCACAAUUUGCAGUGGCUAACAUCGGCUCGGCCAUUUUGGUAUCUUCCAAUCCGACCAAUCUGGUUCUUGCGGGAGCGUUUGGAAUCAAGUUCAUCCACUAUACAGCCAACAUGAUUGUGCCAGUGGCUGUCACGGCGAUUGUCAUCUUUCCUUUCUUGCUGUACAUCGUGUUUCCUGGCGAGGAACUCAUUCCGCGAUCGAUCAAGCUACAUGAGUUGCCAAAUGAGAUCAAGAACAAAAAGCCUGUCAAUCCAAACAUUCCCAAUGCUCGCGGAGUGUCAGAUGAGGAGGAGACGGACGACGAGCAAAACGCCACGCUUUCCUUGGAGGAGAUCAUGAAUCCUUUCCUGGACAAGAAAGGUGCAGCAUUCGGCGCCAUCAUCAUGGCCGCCACUUUGAUCACAAUCCUCGCGGUGAACGCAUCUAGGCAGGAGGGUCAUGGAGGAUUUCAAGYCUUUUGGGUCACACUUCCUGCCGCAUUCAUCACGCUAUGCUGGGAUCUUGCCUUUGGCUGGCUGAAUCGAAAGGAUACACGCGAGAUUGCCCGCAAAGGCCGAGAGGCCAUUGAGAUUGCUCAUGCUGAGCGGUUGUCGCGGAAGGAGAAGCUUGAUAGAGAGAGCUCGGACGAGAAACACGCGCAAGUCAUGGAGCGUACGGAAACUCCCGAUACACUCCCAGGUGUAACCGAAGAAACUCUGAAGAACGACUCGUCCGCAAGCCACGCAGAAGGCCUGGGAAUCCGGGACACAAGCAUGCAGGGUGCACAUCCGGUUUCUGCAGCAUCUACACCAUCAGGCAGAGAUUUACCCACCGAUCUUGAUGAGAAAGACGAAAUCACAAGUCAUAAACGGAUAUCAGCCAGCAAAACCACAGAGUCAAGUCCUGUGAGCAGAGACGUUGAUGCGGAGAGAGCGGUACACAACACAAAGCCAGGAGCGAAUACCCGUGAACGUACAACACUGGCAUCUCUGAUUGCCAACGAGUAUCGCUGGCUACAGGAGACAUUCCCUACCGUUAUGGCUGUACUUUCACAUUUACCCCUGAAACUUGUGCCUUUCGCUCUAGCAAUGUUCGUACUCGUUCAGGCAUUGGUGACCAAAGGAUGGGUACCCGUUUUCGCGCACGGAUGGGGCCACUGGGUAGACAAGACAGGGACUAUAGGCGCAAUUGGCGGUAUGGGGUUCUUGGGUGUGAUAUUGUGCAAUUUCGCCGGCACGAACAUCGGCACCACCAUCCUUCUCUGCCGUGUAGUCCAAGCCUGGGUCGCCAUCAACCAAGAGAACGGCACUUCCAUCUCCCAGCGCACAUUCUGGGCAACCGUCUACUCCAUGGCCAUUGGAGUAAACUACGGUGCCUUCUCGACGGCUUUCAGCGCUUCUUUGGCCGGCAUGCUUUGGAGGGAUAUCCUCUAUCGCAAACACAUCAAAGUCAGAAGUCUGGAUUUCGCGAGGAUGAAUUUGCCGAUCAUCGCCGUUUCGAUGGUGGUUGGGUGUGUCGUGCUUGUUGGAGAGGUUUACAUUACGAGAUCUACGGAUGCGUAUGUUCCUAAAGCUGUUGCUUAG